CACGAUUGCAUGCAUUUUUACGAGUCUACUGCGCGCGCGCGGUCAGUCGGGCAAUUUUGUAAUACGCUGCGAUAAGUUCAUGAUUAUGGCGCAAUCGCUGAAGGCUAACGUGGAUUUGGGUCCGCAUCAGUACGACAUAACUCCAGAGUCUGCUCAUAGCGCAGUCUUGCUACUGAAGUCCGAGGAGCCGGAGAUAUUACGUAAUACUCUUCUAGCAAUCGCACAGUUUGCUAAACAAGACAAGAGAAAUAAGGAACCGUCAAAUUGCCAACUUCUGUUAGACUUGGACGCGAUACAGUAUAUCUUGCCGCAUAUCGGUCAUAACGAGUUGAGUAUACGGAGAUGUGCGCUCAAAAACUUGGCUCUACUCUGCCAUUUGCCACGUGGCCGUGAACAGGUGCUGGAGGAUCCAGAGAGUUUGAGAAGAAUCGUUUCUUUGUUUUGUACGAUGGAAGAUAUUUUCAUAUUGGAAUUUGCAUCUCUGAUUUUGUCGGAAGUGACAAAAGAGCUAAAUGGCUGCGAGCAGUUGCUCGCUGCUAAUAUUUUAAGCGUUAUAUUCAACAGAAUGAAAAAUUGCCCUGACCCUGACGUCCAGAUGAAUAGUUUACAGAUAAUCAGCAACCUAACAGCGGAUCCAGCGCGUGCAUCAGUAAUAGCCCAGGACCCACAGUUCAGUUGGCCGUCCAUCCUCUCGCUCUUACCGAACAAGUAUGUCGCCAUACAACAGGCAGCCAUUGCUACAGUAGAGCAACUCGUGUCAAGAUACCAGGACCCGGUGAUCCAGAAAUCGUUUAGAGACUCCACUGGAGUGCUUGAUCUUUGUAGUUCGAUAUGUCUACAGGAAGGUUUCUACGUGCAGAAGCGUCUCGAUGACUACUUCCCGACGAUAGCGAAGAUCCACGAAACAACCAUACCCCCUUCCCACUGGCAACCGGUGUACGUUGUCAUGUUCAAUCCCGUGGACUGCCAGCCUCUCUCCGCGGUCGAUAUAAUUCGCAACCCGCAUAAGGUAUCAACGUCGAACAUUAAACUGAUAACAUCGGCGUCAGUGUUUCUGCCCAAGGUCGAGGAUGUCAACCUGCGCACCUAUCUACUAAAGCUGAAGAUGUGGUUUGGAGAUCCAACACAAUCAAUGCUUGACCUUGGAGCUGAAGACUCAAUAUAUGAUGUCAGAUACCGCGAGAUGUGCACAGAAGUAUCGUCAGCUCUGAAGGAGCGCGCGCAGCUGCUGGCUGAGUACGUAUGCGAAGUAAUGAGUGGUCGAUCACAGAACAGAGAUUGCUCCGUGUCCGGUGUUAACUUGCACUUAGCCGAUUUGAUGACGUAUUUGAACACGCCCGUAUUGGGCCUGGGCUGGAUUCAAGUGGGGGGCGCACUCGAGCGAGCGCUGCUGUACAAGGUAUUGGCUGACCGCAUCGGUCUGCCCUGCUCGUUCUACAGAGCGGCCGGCGCUCACGCUUGGUGUGAAGUCGCUGUACCUGAUUUGCCUAUUAAGCAGCUAGAAGAAGAAGAAGACAAUAUUCCCCUAUACCCAUCAGGUUUGCUUCGAGUGAAUUAUGUAGUAGACCUCACAUUACAGCAAGGCAAGCUGUUCCCAGUGGGCAGCGUGGAGGCCCGAAGGAUAUGCGGCCCGAAAGGUGCGCCGUUGUACGUCGCACGACGCCCGCGUAACUGUAACUGUUUGUCUAAGAAUUCCAAACUCAGUGUCAAAGACAAAUAAUGCACAUCCAGUUUCUUCACCUAUUCCAACAUGAUAGCCCAAUUGAGUAGGAUAAAUGAAUUCAUUUUUCCUUUUUGUAUCUUUCUUUCUAAGUGAUUUAAUUUGUAUAUAUGUGGGUAUCUAUUUUAUUAAUAUUGUAUUUUCUGUCAACCUUAGUUCGACAAUAAAAGCUAGUCUCAUAUUGGGUGGUUUCACUAUGUACCAUUGAAAUAAUGUUAUGGUUUAAGUAAAAAGUGCGUGUUGCUAUGACGAUUAAUAGUGCAAAGGAUAUGAGCAGCAAUAAAAAUAUAAGAAUUUAACGUGCAUCUGCAUCGGUCUACACCGAUGGUCAACAUACAUCACACGUUUGAAAGCGUGGUUUAUGAUCAAUGACAUCAAACUAGCCUAACAAUCUAAAUAAGUACUUAUUAAUUAUUAAUUUAUUAUUGACGUUUGCUAUCAUAAUAAACCGGAACAGAAAUCAAUGUAUAAUAUUGAAAAGCUGGUAGAAGAACAUCUUUCGUCCAAAAAGUCUGUCUUUGCAAAGAUAUUUCGAUCGUGUAAAUAACAAGAAAAUACAAUAUUAAUAGAUACUCACAUACCUAUAUAUCAGUUCUGAAAUGUUUAGUUUUAUUGUUUUAUUGUUUAGAGUUUGUGUUUCGUAUUAUUAUGUACUUUUUGUUAUACUUUUGUU